AUGAAAACGUUUUUGUUAACAGCUGUGAUGGUGAUUGCAGUGCAAGAAGGUUAGUAGCGGAGGUUCUGCUUGGGGAUUUGAAUCAAAGAAAAAGGCCAUGAACUUGAAUAGAUUCAUUGCUUUUUCUUCUCGACACAACUCGUGUGGUCUUUACUGUACUCGUACUAUCAGUAAAGCGCGUUGUGUUUGCGCAAGUAUUUAAAUGGGCCUCUAAAAGUUAACGAACAAGAGCCCUUUAGUGGUAGGUUUCUUUUCGACAAUUUCUCAGUUAUUAGUUUAAAUUCCGGCCCGUUUUUUCAAUUAUUGGCAGUUAAUUUUUUUUUGGGAUCACACCUCUAAGCUAUCCGUUAACAAUCUUUCCUCUUUCAGCUGACAGUUCAAUUGUUUGUUAUAUCCGUCUCUCAUCGAGCGCCUCUUAAAGGGCGUGAUGUACCUAGUAGGAAGGGUACCUUCUUCAUAAUAUAGCUAAAACAGCUGGGUCAGAGAAAACUGUUACGUUAAACACGGUUGGUUAAGUUGUAAAAGCCUUUGCUUUUUGACUUAAGCACAACUAAAAAAAAGUUAAGAUAAGCUUUCGCAGCUCCGUAUAUAAGAUUUGGUCGUUCACAUUUCUGUACGUCCGCACAUUUUCGUUAUGCCUAGGGUGCAAUUGAAGGUCGUUUUUUGUUCAGGCUGGUCAACCGCUAGCCUGCAGUAAGAACCCGGCGGAUCGUGGAAUGUAAGGGGCACACAAGCCUGUUCCCUGACUUCCCCUCUAUUUUCCCCUCACGUAUCGUCGCACUUUGUAGCUUUCUUUUCCCCAGUCCUAUACCCUACAAGAAAGCUUGUUCACAGCCUAUCCAAAGGCCAUUCUCCAUUCCAGAGUAGUGGUGUCGGUCUCAAGCGAAAGAGAAGAAAUGUACGGUCGAAAGAAUGAACCCAAUGCUUCAUUUAAUGUUCUUUUUUGACUUGUAACACGAUAUAAGUUUGUUAUUAGGUUUCUCCCAUUCUCAUUAGCAAAAUACUUUUAUCUUGGGGGAGGUGAGUUUUCACGAAGCCGUUAAUGUUUCCCCAGGCAAAUAAGUAACUGAGUUCCUCUGAUCUUGCUUAAAAACGUUUUUUCGCAUAUGGAAAGUCAUACGCUCGGCGUUCAAUCGGAUAAGGCGCUUUUAGUAAGGAGGUAUACCAAAAAUUAUUGAUUUAGCGUCUACAUUGCCCCAUCCUUUUAAGUAUAGCCAAACCCUCUAGCUUGUUCGACUGAAUCAAGAAAACAUCGUCAUUUACCUUGCAGCUUGUGCUAUCAAAUGUCUUCAGUGUAAAGCUGAUUUCGACGCAGCCUUAGGGGGUAAUUUGAGCCAUCCUGUGAUAUCCAACACAAGUCUUUGUCACAAUACCACUGACACUGUUGACUGCAGUGACCUGGGAAGCGCCUACGAUUCCUGUGGUAUCGCUAGUGUUCGCAUGAAUUAUUCCAUUUUUGGCUAUAUCAAAGGCUUUAUCCUUAACUGCAGCAUCAAAUCAUCCUGCAGCUUUCAACAGUUAGAGGGCAACAUGACUUGUCAGCAGAUGAAGACGAGUUCUCUAGCGACUUCUGGCAUUAACAUCACUAGUUGCGGCGCGGUUUGCUGCGAGGGUGAUUUGUGUAACAAUCCUGGCGGCGUUCGUGACUACUCCAGCAAAAACAAAUCGCCUGCAAAGAACUACACCAGAGUUUCUUUCUUUACUGUCAUGUGUGGAAUUCUGAGUUUACUUGUUGUUAUUCAAAUGAGCAGUUCCUGAACAAAAUUUCACGAAAAUUAAUUAAGUAAGAUUUCCUCAUACUGGUGCAAAAUAUGCAGUUAAAUACAUGAGUUCUAAACACAGGCGAGACACAUGCUCACUUCACUCGACAAAUGCGUGGAUUAUAAUACAAUUCCUUCUACUGAAAACAGUAUGGUAAAUUAAAGAAGAUUAUAUGUAUCCUUGUCAUACAACGAGCGAUUUUAAACAAUCACCGAGUUCUUGACUUCUUAUCGUAAUCAGUUACAGGUUAUUAAGUAGAGGAAGAAUCACAACUUUAGUUCAGAGAAUUUUAUUAGAUGUCGGUCAAGUUAACUAUAGUGCAACAUUGAAAAGCUGAUUAAAAUCCUAAAAACACUCAAAAUUAAUCUACAAAGGAGCUGAUACCGAAAAGAUGAACUACUGACAAGAAAUGCUUGGAAAACCCCGUUCUUUCCAGCUGGAAAACAUGAUUAUCCCGUAUGAUUUCUAGGAUUAUCCUUAAAAAUAUAUUUGUACGUACAGUCGACAUAUAAAAAAACUCUUAAAGAGUUUUUCUUUCUAAUAUUGGGCGAUUUCCUUUGCCUUUUCAGAACUGUUUAGCGUUUGUUGUUGGUAUCCGUUUUAUCAGCCACUGCGAAAAGGAUAAAAACGUCCUUUUGACGCGAACAAAAACGCUAAGAUGGAUAAACAUCGUUUGA